AGCGGAGCCGCCAUCAUGGCCGACAAGAUGGACAUGUCCCUGGACGAUAUCAUCAAGCUGAACCGCAGCCAACGGGGGCGGUCGCGCCGGGGCGGCCGCGGAGGCCGGGGCCGAGGAGGCGCCGCCCGCGGAGGGGGGCCCGGCCGGGGCAGUGUUGGCGUCGGGCGAGCAGGAGGCGGCGGCCCCCUGCGGAACAGGCCGAUCAUGGCCCGAGGCGGCGGCAGGAACCGGCCCGCGCCCUACAGCCGGCCAAAGCAACUCCCCGAAAAGUGGCAGCAUGACCUGUUUGACAGCGGCUUUGGGGCUGGGGCAGGCGUGGAAACCGGGGGGAAACUCCUGGUUUCUAAUCUAGACUUUGGUGUGUCGGAUGCAGAUAUCCAGGAGCUCUUUGCAGAGUUUGGGACUUUGAAGAAGGCAGCUGUGCAUUAUGAUCGGUCUGGACGCAGUUUAGGGACAGCAGAUGUGCAUUUUGAAAGAAAGGCAGAUGCUCUGAAAGCUAUGAAGCAGUACAAUGGAGUCCCCCUGGAUGGGCGCCCUAUGAACAUUCAGCUGGUUACAUCACAGAUAGACACACAGCGGAGACCAGCACAGAGUGUAAUCAGAGGAGGCAUGACCAGAAACCGUGGUGGUUCAGGAGGAUUUGGUGGUGGAGGUGGCAACAGGCGAGGUAACCGUGGUGGGAACCGAGGGAGAGGCAGAGGGGCUGGAAGAAGUUCCAAACAGCAGCUCUCUGCAGAAGAACUAGAUGCACAGUUGGAUGCUUAUAAUGCCAGGAUGGACACCAGUUAAAGCAGUGAGCACAUCCCCUGCAUGGAAAGGACUCCAGACAUCUCAUUCCAUGCUCUCCGGAGGGAGGGGUGUAUGACUGUGGCCACUAAUAUCAAGGAUGGAAUUUGUUUUACUUUUAUGUUUGGAAUAGGUUUUAAACUCAUGUAAAGGUUUUUUUUUAAUUCUGAAACAGAUCUGUUUUGUACCGAGUUAUUUUUGGGAUAAAUUUUACUGGUUGCCUGUUGGGCUGAGGUGGUUUUUUCACCUUUGCCGUAAUAAAAUAGAAAUGUGUCUAGA